UCGUGUCACAGACGUUUUGGAUCCGUCCCUUGAGGGGGGGGCUAUGAGUAGCUGUGCAGCUGGGGAGGCACAACUACUCCUCACCCCAGUGGGUCUGCAACAGACGACGCCAUCCUCUCCGGUGGGCCGGCAGACGCCACCAUGCUCUCCGGUGGGCCGGCAGACGCCACCAUCAUCUCCGGUGGGUCUGCAACCAACGGCGCCACCAUCAUCUCCGGUGGGUCUGCAACCAACUGCGCCACCAUCAUCUCCGGUGGAUCUGCAACCAACGGCGCCAUCACCCUCUCCGGUGGACCAGCAGGGGUCUCCACCACCCUCUCUGGUGGACCAGCAGGGGUCUCCACCACCCUCUCUGGUGGACCAGCAGGGGUCUCCGCCACCCUCUCUGGUGGACCAGCAGGGGUCUCCGCCACCCUCUCCGGGUGGCCAGCAGAGGGCGCCGCCACCACCCUCUCCGGGUGGCCAGCAGAGGGCGCCGCCACCAUCCUUCCCGGUGGGCCCUCCCACGCCGGCGGUCGAGCCGCCUCGACAAUUGCGGCGGCGUUCAACUCGCCGUCGCCACCUGACUCUUCCCCGCUGUUGCGGGGACACUUGGCCUGGCGGCCCACCUCCUUGUCCUCCCUCCACCCUCCCUUGACUUUGGACUGUUUUUUUUUUGGGUGGGGGGGGGGUUUGAUACGUCUGGUAUCCGUUAUGGGAAGGGGGGCUACUGUCAAGGUUUUCCCUGACAGUUUGGUCAAGUUUUAGUUUUCCUCUGCAUUUGUCUUGGUUUCCUGUUCUUAGUUUCCUGUCAGUGCUUUUAUUUUGUCUUCAUUUCCUGAUUGUUCCCUGAGUGCUUUGUCCCCUCAGCUGUGGCUGAUUGGCACGUGGCCACACCUGGUGCCAGUCAGCCAGCUGCCUAUUUAAACCUGUCCUGCCCUCCAGUCACUGCUGGAUCAUUGUCAUUGUAGUGUCUACCUGAAUGUCACUUGUCACUUCUACCUGUAGCUUCUACCUAUUUGUCGUUGUAGCUCCGUCUACUUUUGUCCACUCCGCUUUAGUCAUAGUUCCUUCGUGUCACAGUAAGGGUUUUUGUUUAUUGUCCACAGUUAGCCUUUGUGCUAUUUUAGUUUAUAGCCUAGUUUGUUCUCCGCCUUGUGCGCGCCUUUUGUUUAUUCCCUUUUGUUUGUUUUUUGCUAUAGUAUCUGAAUUAAAUCAUGUUUUCCCAUUCAAUGCCUGCCAUCAUCUCUGCAUCUUGGGUUUCGUCAACUACAUACCCCGACAGAAUGAUCCAGCCUAAAACGAACCUCGCAGAGAUGUCCAUGGCGGAGAGGCUUAACAAAGCAUUAGAAUUGAUGGCUAAAUCAAGGAAAAGCUUUGCCUCGUUUUGUGAUCCCUCCGACCCAUCCCUGUCCUGUGUUGGCUUCUCGUGGGACGUUUUGGAUCCGUCCCUUGAGGGGGGGGGCUAUGAGUAGCUGUGCAGCUGGGGAGGCACAACUACUCCUCACCCCAGUGGGUCUGCAACAGACUGCGCCAUCCUCUCCGGUGGGCCGGCAGACGCCACCAUGCUCUCCGGUGGGCCGGCAGACGCCACCAUCAUCUCCGGUGGGUCUGCAACCAACGGCGCCACCAUCAUCUCCGGUGGGUCUGCAACCAACUGCGCCACCAUCAUCUCCGGUGG